AUGAAGGGUCGGAAAGAUGUUGUCAUUGCAGUUCUCCUUGUACUUCUUUUAGUUCCAGCUGCCAUGUCUGCUAGGCACCUAGCUCGCCCUCACUCACGUCAUGUGCGUCAUUUGCGUUCUUCAUCUGCACUAUCAAAAAGUACUACUACAACUACAACAUCUACAAAAGAUCAUCAGGGUGCUCACGUAGCUGCAGGACAGUUUUUCAGAAAGGGGCCGGACACACUUCAAGUGGCAGGCUCGUCGUUACCAGACUGUUCACACGCCUGCGGAUCUUGCACGCCAUGUCGACUGGUGAUGGUGAGCUUCGUUUGCGCAUCGAUAGAGGAAGCCGAGACUUGUCCCAUGGCUUACAAGUGCAUGUGUAAUAACAAGUCUUAUCCCGUACCGUAAUUAAACGUGAUCUUCAUCAAUGAACUGAUCGAUCCAAUGUCAAUUGUAGGCACGCAGUUAAGUUAGCUAGCUAGUUAGAGUA